GGGGAAGAUGGCGCUGCGUCUGCUGCGGAGGGCGGUGCGCGGAGCGGAGGCGGCGCUGCCGAGGCUGAAAGCAUCUCCGGCAGCUGAUGUUUCCAAACUUCAAUAUAGUUCCUCAUCCAAUCACAAGUAUAUUCCCCGGAGGGCCGUGCUCUACGUACCUGGAAAUGAUGAAAAGAAAAUAAAGAAGAUCCCAUCCUUGAACGUCGAUUGUGCAGUGCUCGAUUGUGAGGAUGGUGUGGCUCUCAACAAAAAGAAUGAAGCUCGACUGAGAAUAGUAAAAACUCUUGAAGACUUUGAUCUGGGUCCCACAGAAAAGUGUGUGAGAAUCAACUCAGUGUCCAGUGGUCUUGCUGAAGAAGACCUGGAGACCCUUUUGCAGUCACGGGUCCUUCCUUCCAGCCUGAUGCUACCCAAGGUGGAAAAUCCUGAAGAAAUCCAAUGGUUUUCAGACAAAUUUUCAUUCCACUUAAAAGGCCGAAAACUUGAACAUCCAAUGAAUUUAAUCCCUUUUGUGGAAACUGCAAUGGGUUUGCUCAAUUUUAAGGCUGUGUGUGAAGAAGCGCUGAAGACUGGGCCUCGAGUGGGUCUGGUGCUAGACGCUGUCGUUUUUGGAGGCGAAGAUUUUCGAGCCAGCAUAGGUGCAACAAGUAAUAAAGACACCCAGGAUAUCCUCUACGCCCGACAAAAGAUCAUUGUUGUGGCUAAGGCCUUUGGCCUACAAGCCAUAGACCUUGUGUACAUUGACUUCCGCGACGGAGACGGGCUGCUGAGGCAAUCAAGAGAAGGGGCCGCCAUGGGCUUCACCGGUAAGCAGGUGAUCCACCCGAACCAAAUUGCCGUGGUCCAGGAGCAGUUUUCUCCUUCUCCUGAAAAAGCUAAGUGGGCUGAAGAACUGAUUGCUGCCUUCAGAGAACAUCAGCAAUUAGGAAAGGGAGCCUUUACUUUCCAAGGGAGUAUGAUCGACAUGCCAUUACUGAACCAGGCCCAGAACAUUGUUACGCUUGCCACAGCCAUCAAGAAAAAAUGAUCUGUUAAAUGAAGCUCUCAUCAGGUGGGCUGAACACAUACAGUAGGUUUCUUCAACCAUAAUACUCAAGGCAACUCGUUAGUAUGCCAUAUUGGAACCUUAUUCUACUUACAGUUCAUGUUAAUCAUGAUUUUUUGUUGUUGUUGUUAUCUUACUGGCCAGUUAUUCCUAUAAAAAUGAACUUUCUCGCCUUCGGCUCCAAGCUUGUGAUUUUAUUGUGGUUUAUUAAUGUGCUGUAAAUAUUUAUUUAUGAUUU